GGGGAAGGGAGGAGGGGGGAGAGACAGAAGGAGAGAGUGUGCACACAGCAGCUGUGGGCAUCUCUGUCACAGAGCCACUUCUUUGCUGAUUCACAGAGGCAGUCCAGCCCCUCGCCUCCUUCCUUGUCUUCACUGCCGUCUGCUUCUGCGACCUGACUGGAUUGCAAGGGAUAUGAUUUUCCCCCCGAGGACUGCUUUAGCUGCAUCCCAGAAAUUUUGGGCAGGCCAGGCCGAGAGAUAAAGGUCAGCAUUGGAUGGUGAAGCUGCUCCAGAGCCAGGACCUAAUGCAAGUGCUCUCUGGUGCUUUCUCAGGUGCUUUUGUCCCUCUGCGCUACCCUGCACACCACCCACCACCCCCUCAUGAGCUGCUGUUCUGAUGCAAUCCAUGGUCAUGCAGGGAUGUCCCUACACCUUCCCACGAUGUCAUGAGUGGCGGGCAGCCGACCAAUCCCAGCACAACGGCGGCCUCAAUACCACCCGACCACAGCUUCAGGUUAGAGCCACAGCUGCAGCUUCCCAGGAUGGCACAGGGCUGACCUGUCUGAGGCAGCAAGUCCUGAAUGGUGCCAUCGGGCCCCUGAAUGCUCCAGCCAUGAAUCUGUGUUGGAACGAAAUCAAAAAGAAGUCCCACAACCUCCGGGCUCGACUUGAGGCCUUCUCUGAUCCCAGUGGGAAGCUGCAGCCCCCUCUUCAAGAAAUCAUCGACUGGCUCAGUCAGAAAGAUGAGGAGCUGUCUGCUCAGCUGCCACUCCAGGGGGCCGUGGCUCUGGUACAGAAGGAAAAGGAGACUCACUCGGCUUUUAUGGAAGAGGUCAAGUCCCGGGGCCCCUAUAUCUACUCAGUACUCGAGUCAGCUCAGGCCUUCCUCUCCCAGCACCCGUUUGAAGAACUAGAAGAACCCCACUGUGAGAACAAAGAUGCUUCCCCCAGGCAGAAAAUUCAAAACCUCAGCCGCUUUGUAUGGAAGCAAGCGACUGUGGCCAGUGAGCUGUGGGAAAAAUUGACUGCCCGCUGUGUGGAUCAGCAUCGUCACAUCGAGCGAACCUUGGAGCAGCUACUGGAGAUCCAGGGAGCCAUGGGGGAGUUGGGGAGCACCCUAACCCAGGCUGAGGGCAUCCGGGCUACCUGGGAGCCCAUUGGAGACCUCUUCAUCGACUCCUUGCCAGAGCACAUACAGGCCAUUAAGCUGUUCACAGAGGAAUUGUCCCCAGUGAAGGAAGGGGUAAAGUUGGUGAAUGAGCUCGCCCACCAGCUGGCCAUCUCUGAUGUACAUCUCUCUAUGGAGAACUCCCGGGCCCUGGAGCAAAUCAACACACGGUGGAAACAGCUGCAGGCUUCAGUUAAUGAACGACUCAAGCAGCUCCAGGAUGCCCACCGGGACUUUGGGCCAGGAUCCCAGCACUUCCUGUCCACCUCCGUCCAGGUCCCUUGGGAAAGAGCAAUUUCACCCAAUAAAGUGCCCUACUACAUCAACCAUCAGGCUCAGACAACAUGCUGGGACCAUCCCAAGAUGACUGAGUUGUAUCAAACGCUGGCUGACCUGAACAACAUCAAAUUCUCAGCUUAUCGGACAGCCAUGAAACUCCGCCGUGUCCAGAAGGCCCUCCGCUUGGACCUGGUCACCUUGAACACGGCUUUGGAGAUCUUCAAUGAGCAUGAGCUGCAGCCCAGUGAGCACGUGAUGGAUGUGGUUGAAGUCAUCCACUGCCUGACAUCCCUGUAUGAGCGGCUGGAGGAAGAGAGAGGCAUCUUGGUGAAUGUACCGCUCUGUGUAGACAUGAGUCUCAAUUGGCUCCUCAAUGUAUUUGAUAGUGGGCGCAGUGGAAAGAUGAGAGCCCUGUCUUUUAAGACUGGCAUUGCCUGCUUGUGUGGAACAGAAGUGAAAGAGAAAUUUCAGUACCUCUUCAGCCAGGUGGCCACCUCUGGCAGCCAGUGUGACCAGCGCCACCUUGGGGUACUACUACAUGAGGCCAUCCAGGUGCCCCGCCAACUAGGGGAAGUGGCGGCCUUUGGGGGGAGCAACGUGGAGCCCAGUGUCCGAAGCUGCUUCCGUUUCAGCACUGGGAAGCCAGUCAUUGAAGCUGCCCAGUUUUUGGAGUGGGCCAACCUGGAGCCACAGUCCAUGGUGUGGCUGGCCGUGCUGCACCGUGUCACCAUUGCAGAGCAGGUGAAGCACCAGACAAAGUGCUCCAUCUGCAGACAGUGCCCCAUCAAAGGUUUCAGGUACCGGAGUCUUAAACAGUUCAACGUGGACAUCUGCCAGACCUGCUUCCUAACAGGCAGGGCCAGUAAAGGGAACAAACUACACUAUCCCAUCAUGGAAUAUUACACGCCGACGACUUCAAGUGAGAACGUGAGGGAUUUUGCUACAACCCUGAAAAACAAAUUUCGAUCCAAGCAGUAUUUCAGCAAACACCCUCAGAGAGGAUAUCUGCCUGUGCAGUCUGUACUGGAGGCUGACUAUAGUGAGCCGCCUGCCUCCUCCCCCAUGUUACCACACUCUGAUACACACUCCCGCAUCGAACACUUUGCCAGCAGGCUUGCUGAGAUGGAAAGUCAGAAUUGUUCCUUCUUCAAUGACAGCCUGUCCCCCGAUGACAGCAUAGAUGAAGAUCAGUACCUGCUGAGGCACUCGAGUCCCAUUACAGACCGGGAGCCUACCUUUGGGCAGCAAGCCCAGAGUACCAUUAUUGCCGAUGACAAGGGGGAGCUGGAGAAGAUUCUGGCUCACCUGGAGGAUGAGAACCGGAUCCUCCAAGGAGAGCUACGACGUCUAAAGUGGCAGCAUGAGGAGGCUGUUGAGGGCCCUCCUGAGGUGGCCCAGGAUCCCCGCAAUGAGGAGCUAUUGGCAGAAGCCAGGCUCCUCCGGCAGCACAAGAGCCGCCUGGAGACCCGCAUGCAGAUUCUGGAAGACCACAAUAGGCAGCUGGAGUCACAGCUGUUGCGCCUCAGGGAGCUGCUCCUGCAGCCACCCCCUGAAUCAGAAGGCAAUGGCUCUGGGGGCUCCUCAUUGGCCUCUUCUCCACAGCAGUCAGAGGGUAGUCAUUCCCAGGAGAAGGAGCACACCACCCCAGACACUGAGGCUGCAGAUGAUAUGGGGCAGAAGAGUCAGGAUGUCAGCCUGUGCUUGGAGGACAUCAUGGAGAAGCUCCGCCACGCCUUCCCUAAUGUCCGAAGCCCAGAUGUGCCCGCCAACACUCUACUGGCUUCCUGAUGCAUCCCGAUGUGCUUCCUGUACUCUGGAUCCCUACCCAGCUCUGGCCAGACCCCCUGUCCCUGCCCCAACCAGGCCCAUCCUGUCACCACUGGCCCUUCUCAUUCACUCAGCCCCACGGUGUUAACAGGCUUCAGGCAGCAACAGGGAUUUGAGGUGGAAUGAGCUGAGGGGAGCCAGCAGAGAACUGCCAAUCCUCAAGCCAGCAGCCUGCUCCCUCUCCACACAUUGUGGCAGUGUCCCAGGAAAGCUGGCUACUUGAGGAAUACAAGCAGUGCCUGUUCUGUUCCCCACCUUCUCUUUAAAUCAUAGGAGGUAGGCAGCCCCUGCCCCUGGCCCUGGCCCUGCCCCAGUGGGGAUCCUGCCCUCUGGCCCAGCUCAGGACCCAUGUGAGCGUGACCCUCCCUCCUCCCCAGAGAGUUUGGGGCAGAGUGCCACUCAGCAUUGAUGCUCUGCUGCCUGGAACUCCUUCCUUCCUCUGCUCCCCACUCCUGACCUGCACCCUGGCCUCCCCUCAGUUGGCAGGAUGGUGUCCUAGUCAGGCUUUCAGACUAGCCUCCCUUGUUCCACUAACUCUUGGUGCCAUGCUGGGGCCACAUGCUCCUUCUGGGCACUCUAAAACUGGGGCUUCCUUCUGCUUUGGGAAUGGAGCUUUGAUUCUUGCUGGCUCUUAACGCCACUUAACAUUUGGGCCAAUGGAGACUACACUAGCAUAGAUUCCCCACCCCCUGCCCAUCUUUCCAUUUCCUCAAGGCCACAGCCUGCUGGGCCAUGGGGAAACCUGCUUGGGAGAGGGAGGGAGGGAGGGUGCUGCUUGCCUUCUGGCCCCCACAGGUCCUGGAGGUUUGCUCAGUAGUUUCCCCUGGGGCAUCGGGGUUGAUAGCAUCAGGCUAGGUCUCGGAAGGAGCUUUGUCCCUGCCACUUCCUUAGAGGGAUGGUUGUAAAGGUGCCCCCCAUGCCAUCCUCUGGAUCCUGGCUCAUGGAGAAAGAAGUCAUUUCAGGAAGGCUGUGGGACCGUACUCCAAGGGCCUUCCCUGGGCCCAGCACCUCGGUGGGGUUCCUUCCCUCCCUUGUCCCCAGGGUGAGGCAGGUGGCUGCCCAGAUGCACACAGCCCAGCAGAGAUGCUGGUUGUGCCAUCAGGGCUCUGAUGGCUUCUCCAGAGCAUCUGGAGAUGCCAGAAGGGCUUCCCUUUUUGCAAUGCCUCAUUUGAUUCUCUUCUAACACUGAAUAGCAACCUCCCUGGGCACCCAAAGGCCCGAGUAGACAGGAGGCUCUGGGCCUCUGACCCAAGCCAGAGCUGCCUUCAUCAGCCUUAUACUGGAAGGAGCUUUCAAAGAGAGCCCUGGAAUCCAUGGCAUUUGUCUAGGUCUCUGUCUAGUCUAGACCUAUAGAGGGAUAGCUACUUCAUGCAUUGGUAUUCUCCCAGCCCCACUCAUCACACAUUAAAUUCUAAUACCUCGUGAAGUAUUCAUGUUCUACCUUGCUCUUUGUCAGCCCCAGCCUUUGGCUGGAUGGGGAGAAGUGCCUGGAUUACUGGAUCCCAAGCUGUUCCCUCAGUGGGACUGUUUCCAGGUUUGCUGCAGGCCCCUUUGGGACCAGCCUCCUGAGCCUGUGAGCACAGAGUUCCUCGGUCACCCCCAGGGCUGGGCCAGGGUGCUCUACUGCCCGGGACUCCUCAAAGCCUAGGUUAGACCAAAUGAAAGCUCUGCCCUGUCCCAGAUCCCAGAGAGGGAGCAAAGGCCUCAUAGCUCUGGUGACUACGGACUCUGUUUCUCUUCUCCCUCCUCCCCUCCCACUUCCUGGGCGAGGUAACCUAGUUUAUCCUUCAGCUCCUUCUCUUUCCAAGGCCUCACUUGGCCUCUUAAAGGAAACCAUGGCAGACUUCUCCCUUGGGUUACCAUAAGACAGCUGAAGUGAGUGAUGUCACCCCACUGGGAAGCAGCAGGUCGCUGCUCUCUGUUUACUUCUGUUGCAGUGAAGAUAGGGUGGUGUGCUGGGUGUGGGAAGCCUGGUGGCCACACCAGACUUGUCUGGUGCCAUCAGAUGCCUUGGCCUUGGCCUCCUGGCACAGGGUCAUACAUAUCACGAGGCCAGGGAGGCUCUACACCAGCCACAAAUAGAUGGGGCAAGAAUGGUAGGAAGAGGCCAGAUCCUAGUGCCAGGAAGAUCAGACAGGGUGAACUGAGUCUUCCUGGGGGCCUCACAAAGAGCUCCUGGAUAGAAAUGGGGAGUUUGCUUGCUGGUUGUUGUGAUGUCUGUGCCCUUCCAAGCACAUGUCCCAGAGUAGUUUCUCACCAGGAACACUCAGAAAGGAUCCCCUAGGCCCAAGAACCCAGCUGCCCACCUCUACCAAUGAGCCCGGAUGGCAGGCACGGAUAGGGACCUGGCUGUAGCAGGUGUGUGGACUGAAGUGGAGGUAAGGGUGAAGCAGAGUGUGGAAUUUUUCCUGAUCGGGGAUCACUGAGCCUCAGUGGUCAUCCCUGAGACAGGCAUUGGGGGUGAAGGAGCCCUUGGAAUCCUUGAAAUGUGCUGUAUGUAUGUUGUCAAAGCAUCUUAUUGUGCAUUGGGUUUGGUGCUGUUGAAUUUCUUGUCAUGUAUACCAGUGGUUGUGUGGGGUGUUGCUAGGAGUCCAGAGAAGGUCUUCUCAUUGGUGGGGUUCACGGAGCUACAAGGGGCAUGAGUGGCCCAAAUCAGCUGCAGCUGCAAUUAAAAGGUGACAAUGAUAAGUUAGGAUGGACAGAGGGUGUUUACUGUGAUAAGUUUGGGGAUGACCAGUGGAGAAGUGGGUCUGCCACACAGGGAGGGAGAGAGGCCCUGCCCAUCUCUGUUUCUUACCUGACUUGGGCCAAGAGUUGGAGACGCAUCCCCUUAUCAUCAUUCCCACCCCCCACCCCCAGGAUGUUAGGCAGCUUCCUGCUGUGCCCUGGGUGCUAUGGGUGGGGCCACCAAGAGAAUGUUCUGAAGGGUAGAGGUCCAGUUCUGGGGCUCUUCAGGCUGGGAUCCCACCAAGGUCUCAGUGAGGAAAAGGCCACACCUGGGGUUGAGGAGCCUCUCCCCCCCCUCCCCGGGGUGGCUGCUCUGACCCUGGGCCAAGCCUACAUGGGCCCCUGUCCCCAGAACAAGGGAAUAAGUUCACUUUCUUUGGCCCCACAAACUGGCCAUGGCAGCAGCAGGAGCACAUGGCCUUCCUCUGCCCUGAGGAGGGCUAAGGGUCGAAGAAGAGUUUGGGGCUGGGGCAGAAUGGCUUACUUUGGUUAUUACUCCAUAUGGCGCUGUUUCUUCUUCUAAUUCUGCUUUGGAAAGAAUAAACUUGUAUUUGUAUGCCCUGA